AUGUCUCGUCCUUCAAAGGCCCGGAAAAACGCGGAAACUACAAAUGGAGAUUCCAAACACACUGAUGAGCCGUCUAACUGUAUAAUUUGUUUGGAAAAAGUUAUCUGUCGCGGAAAAUUAAGCGUUUGUAAUCACUGGUUCUGUUUCCCAUGCAUAUUGGAGUGGUCAGAGGUCUAGACAUUUUGUGAAAUUUAUUCAUCUUGAUGCUCUGAAAUGUCAGGAGAAUGAUAUCUGACUUAUUGGAUUCAUGGAUAAAUGCAAAUCAAUUAUUUAAGCUUUCGCUAACGCCGAGCAUGUUUUUAUUUCUAGAACACAAAUACCUGUCCGAUAUGCAAGGCCCGAUUUCGAUGCAUAACAAAGGUAAUACCACCAAACAUGCAAAAAUCAUGAUUCGAUUAAAAAUAAAUGUUUGUUCUAUCAAGAUCGUACACAGUGGUGAAGUUAUUCUGAUUCAGGAGCAAACAACUUAAAUUGUAUCGGAUCUUCUAGAUCGUUUUAAGCUCGCGGCAUGUAAAUUUGCUAAAGAAUUUUGUUUCUUGUGCUUACGAGGUAGUUAUUGAUGAGUUAACACUGGUGACGAACGUGUCGAAGAAGCGAUUUAAGAUAUGUAACAGAUGUGGGCCGAUGCAGGUGUUACCCACAGGGAAUGAUUGAAAUGAAAGCAUAUAGUUAAUUAGUGGGAAUACCUUUAAGUCAGUUUUACUUCAAAAGCCAUUAACAUCUCAACUUUAGUAUUUUACUUUGACGUGGAAUUAAGAUUGCCGUGAUUAUUAGUGGUCAAAGCCGUUGCCUGUUGUAAGUGCAUGCUUUUAAACACUUUCCUUUUUGUUGCCAAUUAAAAUGGGAUGGAAAAUUAAUCCCAAGCCAAAAAGCUUAUGUAUAUUAAAUGAGUUUUAAAGCAAGCAGAUGCUAGAAGUGUCCUCUUGCUUCUGAAUGUAUUCAUAAUGAAAAAAAAUUACUGGAUUUUUCAAGUGCAAGGUUUUUUUUUGAGGUUUAAGCUAACCUCCUUUUUGUUACCACAGCUAUAGUUAGACAUAAUUCCUCAAGUGUGUUUGUAGUUAACUGUUAAAAAUAAGAUCUACUAGAAAUUGCCUCACACCAAAGUGUUUCAUUAUGCAUUUCAGGUUCAUCUGAGCCCUUUCAGAUCCCCACCAACAAAGGUCCGUGUAGGAGACAAGGAUCAGAGAGUUUGGAAUGAUGAUGAUGAGUUAGUAGAGGAAGAUAUAUUUGGCGCAUUUGAUUUGGAUGAUUUUGAUGAUGAUUAUGAGCCUUCUUCUCACUACAAUAACCCUUGGACAAGACAAUCCAGGCAACAGGUUUGAAAACUUGAUACCUUGAAGAGAAACUGACACUUCACUCUGUCAUUUGCUUGAUUUGACAGAUGUUUUCUCCUAAUUGCCUGUAGAUGACAUUUUAAAUUUUAAGUGAUGGAAUUGAUUUAGUUUUCUUUAUCUCACAAUAUCUGUUAUGCCACAAAAUUAAACAAAUUUAUUUUGAAACAGUGAUUACUGUGAAAUUUGGAUUUCAAAUUUUAAACUUCAACUUUUUUAGAGUUCCAAUGUGAAAUUAAGGUAACAAAGUAGACUUUCUAUUUAUGAAACAUUUGAAUAGAUUAAUUAAAUAACUCUUCAUUUGUGACUCUAAGAUGAAUACCAAUCUAGAGAGUUCAGGAGGAAAUCACAUAUGUGCUUCAAGCCAGCUGCAUCUUAAUGAGUAUGACCUUGAAGAUUCCUUUAUAAAUGAUGACAACGAUGAUGAUGAGCCCCUGUUUACAGCAUAUCACAGUACUGAUUCUGAAGAAAGCAAUGGCAUAAGUCCAUUUAUAGAAAGAACCAGCCCAUAUCAGUUCCGAAACAGGCAUGAUCCAAGAACAAGAUCUUCAAGAAAUACAAGUAACAUUAAUAACAGGUAUUAAAUUAUAGUAUAUUUGUUUGAGACUUACAAAAAAGCUGCUACUCUUUAGGUAAAGAGUUCACAGCAUUUAACUUUGUUAGACCUUGAUAAUUAUUGUUAUACUUUUGAAAUUACCUGUAAGAUUGUUUUGAAAUUUAUGAAGGGGUUCCUUUUUACACUUUUUUUUAUUCAAAAUGCGUUUUUUUUAAUGAAUAAAAAAAUAGAUAAGGUAUUUUAUAGUUCCAUGACAAGAAGCUGGUAUGAUUUUCCAGGGUUCUCCUUUUCAAGCAGUAACUGGUAACAUUUACUACCUUUAGUACCUCUUAUUACCAUUUAAAAUUGCUUGGAAUUCUUGAAAAUUCAACUUGUAAAAGGAUUGCUUUACCAGUUUGAAAAUUUAUUUUACUUGUCAUGCUUAAAAUAAGGGAGAACACUGUUCUCCACCUAACCAUCCAUACUGUUAGAAAUUUAUUUUUUUAAUGUAAUUUUGUUAUUUUAUCAGAACUAGUGUCAUAGUAAACCUAAUUGUUCAAAAUAAUUCUUAAAUCUUAAGUUUUCCCAAAAUUGAAGAUGCAUGCUCAUCCCAAGCAAGUCUUGGAAGUUUUAUAGUUAGCAGUGAUGAUUCACCAGGUAGGUGCACAGCCAAAGUAAGUAGUAUGAAAUAUGGUCUUCACUAUAGUCUCCUCUAAAGAUUCUUCAACUCUAUUAGGGCUUCCCUUUUGUGAUAUCAAAGUUGUCUUUAAGAUAUGACAGAUAAAAAAAAAAACUGUAUCCCCCUGAGGUUUAGAACCCUACCCAUCAUCAGGCGGUCUCCUAACCAAGCUUCAGCAAAAAAUGGGCUAGUUAGGCCAUAUAGGGUUCAUACGUAGAAAUAAUCCUGCCUGCCACCAGGGUCAACAAUAUCUAAAUUGAGUCCUGUCUGGAGAUAGAGAGAGGAAGAUGGUCUCAUUCUUGAUGAGCUCCUCACCCUCUCUAGGAGAGGGGGAGUUUUACAAUUUUGAUCCAUUACAUGUCACAAACAAUGAUUGCUAAGUUUAAAUACAUUAGAAUCAUCACAUUUUCAUGUUUGUAAAAAAAUAUUUUUAGACUUUAAGAUUUCAGUCUCAGAAGUUUUGCUAGGAUCCUUUUUUCAUGUCACUUCUUCGUGUUUAUAAGGGUUUCUUUACUGCAACUACAUUUGUUUCUAGCCAUCGAUUACAACCAUUAUCUUAAAGCAUUUCCUAUCAUGUUUUAUUUAGUGAUUUGUUGGUACUAUAAAAAUUUUACUCUUUGGUUAGAUGAGCUGAACAGUGACUGGGUACCGUUUGGCAAUAUUGGAAACAAUUCAAGGACUAAAGGCAAGUCAGACAAGGUGAAAGCAAAGGAAUGCUGUUCCAAGAGAACAAGAGCCUUAAGGAAGUCCAGAGCAAAAACCCCUAAGAAACACAAAGGCUGCAAGCAGAAAAGUAGCAAUGGUAAAAGGAAAAGACAGGUUAGGACAGUACUGUUGCAAUGUUUGUUUUCUCAAAAUAGUGAACGUCCAAAGGCAAACUUAAGUCUUUAAAUCCCAGAAGCUAUAUAACCAAAUUAACACAACUUCUCUCCAAACAAACACAGGUAACGAGAAUAGACAUACAGGCCAGUGAUCUUGAUAGUCAGUCAUAAGCAUCUAUCUACUUGAAAUAUUACUACCUAAAGUGUGACUCUGCUGUAAUUAUCAAUUGACUGACUUCUCAUAAUCUUACCUCGGGUAGUUAGACUAAAUAGACACCUUUGCAUGUAAUAUCUUUAGUGGCUAGUUUUGUUCUCAGUAACAUUAUCUUACAUGAACUGACUUAAUAAUAUACAAUACAGGUGGAUGAGGAGGAUUUAUCAUUGUAUUUUUUCUUUCAAUUGUCCUUUUUUUUGCAAAAGUACUAACCCAAAUGUUGAAUUUGAUACAUUUUGUUGGGUGCUAACAGGUGGUGUAACCAUGAUUUGAAAAUGUGCCAAUAACUUUAAUUCCAUUUUAUUUUGUUCAACAGCAGUCUACAACUAGGAAUGAAAGGACAUCUUUAAGUCAUGGAGAACCCGGCCAGUGUUCUAUGGAUGGCUGGAUCAGCAUGGCUUCAAAAAAUGGAGAACGGCUUCCUUUGUCUUCAUUGUCAACUAAUUUAAGGACUCCUAAGUAAGGCAAAGAUUGGUUACAAUAUAUCCUCACUCAAAAUCUGUGAAAAAUGGUUCUGUGAUAACUAUUCUGAAGGAUAAAUUCUCAAGAAAAGGGCAAUUUCAAACACGUUUUGUUGAGCUGAUAUGUAAACAUAACUUUCUUGUACAUGAAAAGUCAUGAGAUAUUUAUUAUUAACUAGUAAUAACUAUCUGCAUAUUCUGAAAUUCAUUUGAAUUUUAAUCACGCAGGAAAAGGACUUACAAAGGAAAGAAAGCCACCAAAAAUGAAGAUAACUCAAAUUAUGGUGAGGUGUAUGACAGAAGCAGUGCUUCUGAGGAUGAAGUUUUGAUUGAUCGAAUCAACAAAGGAAAAAAAAAAAAGACUUCUGUGCAUAACUGGCAGGAAAGGAAACCUAAGAUCAAACCUAAGAUCAACAAGUUAUACUCCAGAUGGGCACAACAACAGGAAUCUAUCCCUUCUGCUUUAAUGCCAUCAUCCAGUGUGACACGUGAUGAUAGAGGCAAAAUCAACUCUGUCGAUGAAGAAGAUUAUUCAGAUGUUAUAUUUGUACACCCCACUCCUCAACCAAAUGAAAAACGAUCAAUAUUCACCAGAAGGAAACACAGGUCUCCUGGUACAUCAUUUGAUAACAUGGAUGUUAGUACUAAUAAUCCUCCACAUUCACAAAUUCAGACACAAUAUGGACAUAAAAUUACUGACUCUCAGAGUGAUACAUGUCGUACUCGUGGAAGAACAGAGGCUAAAUCACGACAGAAGAGUCCUAUCAAGGCUAUUAUCUCUCCUGCUAUUAAGAAGAGGAAAAAACCAAGGAGGGUGCUAUUGCUCAGCAGUGACAGUGAUUGAUUGAAAGCAAGUUUUGUUUAUACAGAAAAAAUCUUCAAGUUAACAGCUCUCAUUAUGGGUGUCCUAUUAUUAAAGCAAUAAAAAAAAUUACUAAUGAACAUCAUUGAUCAUACAAUACAUUUUCCAAAACUCAUAUUUUGAAGUACUUCUUUCCUUUAUGUUAACAAUUUGCUAAUUAAAAGCUACUUCUGCCAAUUUGAUGUUUCUCUCUGGAAGAGAUAAGUAAGUAAACUAAAUUAAAGACUUUAGGCUCAAAGGUUAUUAUCAAAAAUUCUUCUAUUUUGAUAAUAUGUAAGAUAUGUAACAAGAUCACAACACAGUAAUGCAUCAAGGCUUUGAACUUGAACAAAUCUGUGUAUUAUUGCUUUUCCUUUGAAUUAUUGCUUAGGAUCAAUGAUAUUUGAACAUGUGCUGCAUUUCCUUGGUUAAAAAAGCAGCUACCGUAAUUAGGGAGGAAACCAACAUAGAGUUUCAGAUACAAGGAUGUUUUGAAAUGAAAUGCUACCCAAAUGUAUUACAACAUUACAGUAUAACCAUCUUCCAAAAGCAGUAUUACUGAAACCAGUGUUUUUAUUUUAAGGUUUUUGUGCAAGGUGGGGA